CCCAGACCACAAGCUCGAUAUGGAGAAGCAUGGAAUAUAUAAAUCAAAAAUACUUUGACCUCUCCCAUGUUUAUGUUUCAGAAAGUGUAAUCCAUUUACUCACCCACUCGUUUCGAAUCUGUUGGUCCAACAUCACCAAAUUCACAAUCACCAUCAUGAUCGUAGCAGCUCCUGUACCAUGCUUUCAACAAGGACCGUACAUUUGUUAUCACUUUACCACCACCUCCACAGGUCUUGUAACCUACUGUUUCUUUUACACUGUCACAUUGCUUUUCUGAAAUCUUUUUAGCUCACCAAUAAUCUGUCGUCACCUCUUCGCUUUUAUAGGAAAUUUGGGUCAAAUAUUUCGUGGAUAGCUUCAAGCAAUUUCAUGAUUUCAUGCCCCUGUGCCCACCAUUAAAGAAAAGUCAACAACUCUAACAAAGCACACCAAAUCAAUCAAUGGCGUUCAAACUUAAAAAUGGUGAGGAUUGAGUGAUGAAAUUGGAGUCCCCUAUUGCGGGUGCGUUUGGACCACACCACGUUUAAGAAUGACAAGCUAGUCAGAUAAGUCGGUAUAAACAUGCAGAAAAAGUGAAAAACCCAAAAGACAAAGCAAAGGAAACCACCGCAGGUAGAAAAUUCUGUUUUCAGGUGAAGAAAGCCUUUCAAAGAAGUUUCUAUCUCAAAAGAAGAAUAUUUUUUGUUAGCUUCUCACCACUUUUCUCACAACUUUCAUAUAACUCGUUAAAUAAGAUAUUGUUGGUCUUUGGGUAGCUUAAAUCUUCUCUGUCAAGUUGUAUUUUAUUCACCUGGCUUGCAUUUUCUUCAAGUUUUUGUCCUACUUUUGAGUAUUUUGGUUUGUUAAAUGGUUUGUUGCCCUCCAACCUACCUCACAUCACAAUCAAAAGUUGGGUUUUUUCUGUUUGUGAAGACACCAUUAAGGGGCAUGUUUACCCUUUUGCCUCCAAAACACAGGUGUUCAUAGUCAAAGCCUUAAUCUUUCAUUCUUUCUUUCCUUCAAAGCCAAUCUUGAGGCUUAUGUCUAUCUGGUUAUCAACUAAAUUCCAGGACUGGCUGCUAUGACCUUUGCCACUUCCUCUUGAAUUCAUUCUCCCACUUCAGACACCCAAUAAAUUUCAUCUGGAUUUCAAAUCUAAGGGGCUGCUCCAGUGACUCAAGCCUCGGGAUAUAUAUGAUACAACCAUCGCUCUUCAAAGCUGAGUUAAUUUAGAGAAAAAUCAUGUCUUUAGUUGGAUCCGCAGAACUCUCUGCCAGAGCAUACGGAAAUAAUAAGCUGUACUCACUGAAGGGGAGCAAUGACAACUCUGGUUUGUCUGCCAAAAUAUUCGGGCCUGAUAAACGGCAGAACAUGUAUAUGACCGAUUCUUACUCUUGUGAGAGUUAUGAGAAGUUCUUCCUUGAUUCCCCAACAGAAGAAAUAAUACAACCAUCAAGUUCUGACAUUUCAGGGAACUCAGCUCAUCCACAAGGGGCAUCUUCCUACCAGCCAAGAAAGAGUUCAGGUUCAACCAUGUUCCCUCAAGAUCCCUAUGAUGCUUCUUUCAAUUUGACCACACCCUGCGAUGGCUAUCCAUUCAUUUCCGAGUCAGAUUACUUGGACAUUGAGAGCCCAUAUCAACUAGAUUAUGAUGAAUAUAAGAUGAAGUUAAAGCUUCAGGAACUAGAGAGAGCACUUCUAGAGGACAAUGAAGAGGAUGGCAUGUUUGGAAAUAGUCAAAGCAUGGAAAUGGAUGUAGAGUGGUCUGAUCCAAUCCAGAAUGGGAUGCUCCAUGAUUCUCCCAAGGAGUCAUCAUCUUCAGAUUCUAACCUAAGUAGCUUCAGCAGUAAUAAAGAAGUAUCACAGUUAUCACCUCGGACUCCCAGGCGACUGCUUUUUGAAUGUGCUAAUGCAAUCUCGGAGGGAAACAUUGAGAAAGCAUCGGCAUUAAUAAAUGAGCUCCGUCAAUUGGUCUCGAUUCAAGGAGAUCCUCCCCAGAGGAUUGCAGCCUACAUGGUGGAAGGACUUGCAGCUCAUAUGGCUGAAUCUGGAAUAUAUCUCUAUAAAGCUCUGAAAUGCAAGGAGCCUCCUUCUGAUGAUAGGCUUGCAGCUAUGCAGAUCCUUUUUGAGAUUUGCCCUUGUUUUAAAUUUGGAUUUAUGGCAGCAAAUGGUGCAAUGAUCGAAGCAUUUAAAGGUGAAAGGAGAGUUCAUAUAAUAGAUUUUGACAUAAACCAAGGGAGUCAAUACAUAACACUGAUACAAACACUCGCCAACCAGCCAGGUAAGCUGCCAAACUUGAGGUUAACCGGGGUUGAUGACCCCGAGUCAGUUCAACGACCUGUUGGUGGCCUGAGGAACAUUGGGCGAAGGCUUGAAAAGCUAGCAGAAGCACUUAAGGUCCCAUUUGAGUUUCAUGCGGUGGCCUCCAAGACUUCAGUUGUCAGUCCAUCCAUGCUGAACUGCAAGCCUGGGGAAGCACUUGUAGUGAAUUUUGCUUUCCAACUCCAUCACAUGCCUGAUGAGAGUGUUUCAACAGUAAAUGAGCGAGACCAGCUUCUUCGGAUGGCUAAGAGCUUGAAUCCAAAACUGGUAACUGUUGUCGAGCAAGAUGUGAAUACUAAUACUGCCCCCUUUUUCCCGAGAUUUACUGAAGCUUACAACUAUUACUCUGCCGUGUUCGAUUCUCUUGAUGCAACUCUCCCUCGAGAAAGCCAGGACAGGCUGAAUGUUGAGAAACAGUGUCUGGCACGGGACAUAGUAAACAUUGUAGCAUGUGAGGGAGAGGAAAGGAUUGAGAGGUAUGAGGUUGCUGGGAAAUGGAGGGCAAGGAUGAAGAUGGCAGGCUUCACUUCGUGUUCAAUCAGUCCUAGCGUGGUUGAUUUGAUUCGUAAACUCAUAAAGCAGUAUAGCGAUAGAUACAUGUUGAAGGAGGAAGUGGGUGCACUUCAUUUUGGGUGGGAAGACAAAAGUUUGGUUUUUGCUUCAGCAUGGAAGUAAUAGCUACCAUUUCGUUACUGGUUCAGCUGUGGCACUCGAGCAUUAGAGUAUAUAGAAUGUUUGUGUAGGUUUCAUGUGCCAAUAGUUUUGUGUGAUAAAACUGCAUACUGAUAUGUGAUCUUAUUAGCCGCAAUGACUUGCGAUUGUUUUGUAAAGUUCUUUUCCAGAAGUGAUGUCGUAGGUUAUCUAACAUUAUCCACUUCUCUUUUACUCCA